AUGCCCCCAAAGAAGGGCGCUAACACAGGCAAGGCGGCCGCCAAGGCCGCCAAGAAGGAGAAGCAGGCGUCCAAGGCGGCGAAGAAGGAGGCCGCUGCUAUCAAGGCUUCGUCAAAAGGCAAGGGCAAGGCGGCCAAGGAGGAGGACGAGGAGGACCUCGACGCGAUCCUCGACCGCUACAAGGCGGAGAUCGAGGCGCUUACCGCGAACACGGUGACAACGCUCGAGACCCCACCGCCGCCGCGCACUGGUGCACUGUUCUUGCCGUCGCCAUCGACGCUGUCGUCAGAAAGCAACCACCUGUACCUUAUCUUCGGGGAGUACUUUGACGGGCAGCGCGCCACAUUCUACCCUUCCGUACUGCGAUAUGACGUGGGCAAGGACGAGUGGCGAGAGUACAAGAGCGGGAACGCGCCGGCGCCCCGCAGCAGUGCCGCAGGUGUGGCAGGAGCGGGGCUGGCCGAGGGCGGGGGAAUCCUCAUUUUUGGCGGGGAGUACGCGAGUCCGACGCAGACGAGCUUCCACCACUACCGCGACAUGUGGUUGUUCUCAUGCAAGACACACAGCUGGGAGAAGAUCGAUUUCAAGCGCGGGCCCACUGGCCGCAGCGGGCACCGCAUGGUGCUAUGGAAGAACUACGUGGUUCUGUUUGGCGGAUUUAUCGAUGUCGGCGUGAGGACCAACUACCUGUCCGACCUGUGGGUGUUUGACAUGGACACAUUCCGGUGGCAUCAGAUAGAGCACAUUGACAAGGAUCGCGCUCCCGGCCCACGCAGCGGCUUCUCCUUCAUCCCCUGCCCAGAGGGGGCCAUACUGUAUGGCGGUUACCGCAAGGAGUACGUCAAGGGCACAAGACCAAAGGGCAUGCCACUUGACGACUGCUGGCUGCUGCGCAUGGACGCAGACUUGUCGCAGCUCAAGUGGGAGCGCCGGAAGAAGGUCGGGUACGCGCCAACCCUGCGCUCGGGCGCGUCCAUGGCGUACUGGGCGAGCAAGGGUAUGGGUGUGCUCUUUGGCGGCGUGCUGGACGAGGAGAAGGAUGAGGAGAGCAUGGAGUCAGUGUUCUACAAUGACCUUUUCGCGUACAACCCAGCCGGAAAUGGGCGGUGGUCCAGUCUGAACCUGAAGAAGAAGAAGAAGAAGGGCGGUAAGCGGCGAGCACGGAAGGCCAUUGCAAUUGAGCAGAGGAACGGCGACGACGAUGCCGACAUGGACAUGGCGGAUGAGCAAGGCGACGGCGACGGCGACGGCGAUGAAAUGGUAACAAGAGAGCCCAGUCCGUCACCCUCCCCCAUGCCUGUCGACGACGACGACGACGACGACGAUGACGACGACCCGCAAAAGACCGUCCCCCUGACUCGGUACAACGCGAUGCUUGCCAUCAUCAAGAACACCCUAUUUAUCUACGGGGGGAUUUUCGAGACGGCUUCUCCUGCCCGCGAGUAUACGCUGGACGACUUUGUGACCCUCAACCUGGAAAAGUUGGACCGCUUCAACCAUUUACGCGGAACAGGGAUCGACGAGAUGGUCUGGGCUGGCAGCGAUGACGAGGACGGGCAGUCCGACUCUGAGGACGACGAAGACGAUGAUGAAGACGAGGAGGAUGAGGAGGAAGAGCUCGCUGCACUCGAGGACGAGGAGGAGGGCGACGGCGAGGCGCGCGAGGCGGCACACGCCGCUCUCAGUCAGGCGGAAAAGGACGCGCUGCGACGUGAAGCGACAAAGUUCAUGGGUGUGUCUAAGGACGCUGGACGGACCGAGGACGACGUGCUUUCCACCCCUUUGCCAGGCGAGAAUUUGCGCAUGUUCUAUGAGCGCACAAGGGAGUACUGGGCCGGCAUGGCGUACAACCGCAGUGGGAACCGUGGGAAAACACUGCGGCGGGAAGGAUUCCACCUCGCAAGCGCGCGGUACGAUGAGUACCGGCCCGUCCUCGAGGAGAUCCAGCGCAUCCAGCGCGAGGCGGAGCUCGACGCCGCUGCGGUCGCUGCCAGCAAGCGCACGACGAUGGGUGUCGUCGGCGAAGGCGGACGCAACCGCCGCUAG